AUGAGUCAAUCCCCGGAUAUACACCCCACUACUACUCUGGAAGCCGGCCAGGAAGACAAACAGAAGAUACAAGAUCCACCUUUCCCCGACGACAUCCAAAAAGCUGAAACCGCACCUUAUCGCCAAGAUGUUUUUGGUGAUGAAGAGCAUGCAGAGAUCAAGUACAAGACUUUGAAGUGGUGGCAAUGUGGCCUCCUAAUGGUCGCCGAAACCAUCUCCCUCGGAAUCCUCUCCCUCCCCGCCGCCGUCGCAGGCCUCGGCCUCGCCCCAGCAAUCAUCAUCCUCAUCUCUCUAGGCCUAAUAGCCUCGUACACAGGCUACGUAAUCGGCCAACUGAAAUGGCGAUACCCGCAUAUCUCCAGCAUGGCGGACGCAGGCGAGGUCCUCAUGGGGAAAUUCGGUAAAGAGAUACUAUUCGGCGGACAGAUAUUGUAUCUUGUUUUUCUGAUGGCGAGUCAUUUGUUGACAUUUUCGGUUGCUAUGAACACGAUUACGGUGCAUGGGACUUGCUCGAUUGUGUUUGGGAUUGUGGGGUUGGUGCUGUCGUUGGGGUUGUCGUUGCCCAGGACGUUGAAGAAUAUGUCGUGGCUUUCGUUGGCUUCAUUCAUCAGUAUCUUCACAGCGGUCCUCCUCACAAUGAUCGCAAUCGCCAUACAGAACCCCAAGCCAUCCAUCACAGCAACCGUGCCAACAAACCUCGUCACCGGUUUUACCUCAGCCCUCAACAUCUCCUUGUCUUACGCAAGCCACAACAUCUUCUUCAACGUGAUUGCCGAACUCAAAAACCCCAGAGACUUUCCCAAAGCUCUCACCUUGCUGCAAUGCAUCGAUAUCACCCUGUACCUCGUGGCAGCGGUGGUUAUAUACUGCUACGCCGGCGACAGCGUCGCUUCUCCGGCCCUCGGCUCAGCAAGUCCACUAAUUUCGAAGAUUGCGUAUGGUCUUGCGCUACCGACUAUUGUGAUCGCUGGCGUUAUAAGCGGUCACAUCGCCUGCAAAUCAAUUUAUACGCGCAUCUUCGCGGGUACAGACAGAAUGCACAAGCGGGAUUUCACGGCCGUUGGAUCGUGGAUUGGGGUCGCGGUGGCUCUCUGGGUCAUCGCGUGGAUCAUUGCAGAGGCGAUUCCGGUGUUCAGCAAUCUUCUCAGUCUUAUGAUUACCUGGCUGAUUAUGGUAAAAGACGGCACUCUUCGCCAGCUGGUUUAG